AUUAAACACCCUAAGACACUAUAUAAGGCUGGUAUUGACACAGAAACUACAGAGAACAACAUAGACUGCUACUUUGAGAAUGGAGAUGACAAUGCAUUUUCCACUGUUGCUGCUGAUCUGCUCUCUCUGCUCAGCUCAGCUUCAAACAGAGUCUGACAAUGAAGUCAUUCCACUUGCAAAGGAAACUGAACCCCAGAGAAGAGAACCAACAAAUGCUUCAGACCGACAACAGACCUGUGUGCAAGACAUCCAUGCUGUGGUGAGAGAGAUGAGCAUCGCCUUGGCUGAACAGAGAGUGGAGAUAAAGCACUUACAGAGAGAGAAUGAAGCACAAGCAAUGAAACUGAAAGAAGUGGACCUCCAAAAGAUUGAGCUGGACCUCCAGAAGACUGAACUGGACUUCCAGAAGACUGAGGUGGUCAAGUUAAAGCAACAACUUCAAGCACAAACAGCAGAGCUGAUCACCAUUAAAGCCAGAACAAAUGUCACAGAAAACCAGGUGGAGGCUCUAAAGAGAGAUGGAGAAGUCAAACAGGUGGCUUUCUCAGCCUCUCUGUUCGCUUCAGGAUCAGGAUCAGGAUAUAUUGGCCCAUUUAACACACACACUCUUCUGGUCUUCAGACAUGUUGUUGCAAACAUUGGAAAUGCCUACAACCCAAACACAGGUUUUUUCAUUGCACCAGUGAGAGGAGCCUACCACUUUGAGUUCCACAUAGGUGCAGGUGGACUUGCUUCACAUGCUUCAGCUGCUUGGUUGAUCAAGAACGGAGAGCAUAUUUCUUCUGCAUAUGCGCUUCAGCCAUCCGGUCAUGUGACAGCUGCUAAUGGUGCCAAUCUGCUUCUAGAGGUCGGAGAUGUUGUGUUUUUGCAACAGUGGGCAAACACAAGGAUAUAUGACAAUGGAGAUCACCAUACUAGCUUCAGUGGACAUCUGCUUUUCACCAUGUAAGCAGGAAUUUUUUGUGAGCUAGCGAUGCAUAAACUGUAUCAGUGUAUCAAGACUUGUUAAUUUAU